CUCCACUUGACACACAGCAAUUAGUCACAUAAUUAAUCCAUGUUAUAUUUUAGUUAUUUGCCUUUAAUCGACAUAAUAACAAGUUCCACAGGGAGCACAUUUGCUUCUAUUUAGUAUUAAUGUGCGUAAGGCUAAAGCCAUAAUUUUGAGGUGUAACUUUCCCUUGAUUCUCCGCUGGUGAGCCAUCUCCUACCUCCUGUAGUAUCUCUGGUCCUCCCCACAGUCCUGCCGUUGCUACUGAAGUUACCACUAGCAACUGGGCAGCGCCCGGCGGAGCACCUUCAACCGCUGUUCAUGUUGUCCUGCUUCAUACAGUAGGUACAAUCUUAAUUUCCAAAAACAGUCAAGACAUGAGAGGAAAGUAAAUUGUAUGCUCUUGGGAUGUUGUUGAGGCUGGCUAUGGUUCGCACGUAAGGUCGCACUGAGUGGCACUGCCAUGUUGCCAGGAGUCGGUGUAUUUGGCACGGGCAGCACAGCCCGAGUGCUGGUACCGCUGUUGAAAGCUGAAGGCUUUGAGGUCCAUGCAGUUUGGGGGAAAAGCGAAGAGGAGGCAGGCUGCCUGGCAAAGGAGCUCGGCAUCCCGUUCCACACCAGCCGAUCUGAUGACGUCCUGCUGCACCAAGACGUCGACCUUGUUUGCAUCUAUAUUCCACCCUCAAUGACAAGGCAGAUUGCUGUCAAAGCACUGGGUAUAGGUAAGAAUGUUCUGUGUGAGAAAGCUGCAACCGCUGUGGAUUCCUUCAAGAUGGUGACUGCUGCCAGAUACUACCCACAGCUGCUCAGCAUUAUGGGUAAUACCCUGCGCUUCCUGCCAGCUUUCGCAGCAAUGCGCCAGCUACUGGUGGAGAGAUAUGUUGGCGAGAUGCAGGUGUGUGAUGUGCGUGUGUAUGGCCCCAGCCUCCUGGACCAGGCGUACGGCUGGACGUGUGAGGAGCUGAUGGGCGGAGGCGGACUGCACACCGUCGGCUCCUCCGUCAUUGACCUUUUAAGUUACCUGACGGGUGAACGAGCCCAUCGUGUUCAUGGCUUAUUGCGGACCUUUGUACAACAAAAUGGUUUGAUCCGAGGCAUCCGCCGCGUCACCAGCGAUGAUUUCUGCUUCUUCCAGAUGUUGAUGGGUGGAACCGGGUCUCGCUCGGGCGGCGUUUGUUGCACCGUCACCCUGAACUUCAACAUGCCGGGGUCAUUUGUGCACGAAGUAAUGGUAGUCGGAUCCACUGGGAGACUGGUUGCCAGGGGGACAGAGCUAUAUGGCCAGCGCAAUGGGAGUAAAAGUGAGGAGCUGUUGCUAGGCGACAGUGGGUGGGUGGGGCCAGAGGUGAAAGAGAUGCCCCUGCCUCACCUGCAGGGGCUCAGCUCCAUGGUGAAGGCACUGAGAGAGUCUUUUCAGGCUCAUGAGGAGCGCAGGUCAUGGGCACGAGGACCGGUCGCCAUGGCACCGACAUUUGAAGAUGGUCUGUACGUGCAGACCGUGGUGGAGGCAGUGAAGCGGUCCAGCUGUAGUGGAGAGUGGGAGUGUGUUGAGAUCAUGAGUCAGGAGCCAGAUCCCAAUCACAACCUGUGUGAAGCUCUGCAGAGAAACAAGAACUGAAUCUAUUUACAAACCCAGUGCAACUACUACAUGUUUCCGACGGUCGGCCUCUGAAUGUUUCUCCUUUCUGUCAGCUGCUGAGGCAGUUUACAUGUACCAUGACUACUUACAUUUAGCAUUUUCACAUUCUGCCACAUUUUGAGCAGAAUAUUUUUGCUUUAGAAAUCAAAGCUGUGGAUGUUUGUACCCUCACAGUUAUGAUUUGUUUGUACACUAAAUGUGUUGACCUCAGCUCCAUUAUUCUGAUUCUCAACCGAAAAUAUUAUUAUAGCUGUGUCAAAAUCUACCUGUGCUCCGUUUACAUGUUUAUUAUCUGUAACAUGCCAAAAAGUAGACACAGCUUUUUGUAUCACUGGAGCCUAAAGUCAUGGAGCAAUGCCUGAAAAGUUCCCUUUAAAUAAGGUUGAUAUAUGUCUCCUGUCGGCAAGGCACCACUCCUAAGUCAAAUAUUGGCCAGGAGAAAAAGUCCUUGAUAGGCAAAAUACAACCUUUCAGUGGACGUCCGACCGUUUGCUUAUCCUCACUUUAAGAAGCUUGUGUGGACAUAUUUCUGUCAUUUAUGGAACCAGCCGCUUAUAUGCAGGUUGUAUUUUGAGACAUCAGACCUUGAGUGGUUUCAGUGUUUCCCAGAGUUAUACAUUACACUACAAGAUAAUGGUCUAGUGGCUACGUAUCAGCACUAACAAAGCUGUUAAGUUGCUGCAACCUAACACGUCUCAGGAGGGAACGCAAUUUCAUAGUUUGGCUCAAAUUGAAACACAACUUUAAGUACAGUCCAACCGAGAAAACAUGUGAAUCUUUAUUGUACAUAUAGAUGUAUGUUGGUGUUAAUUUAUUUUCAACAUGAAUAGCACAUUAUUCUGAAAGGGAGUGGGCAUGAGGAUGAUUUGACUAACAAAACUCUUUCAGUGCUUGCAGUGUGGCGACUGGCACAAUUCAAAUGAUGCUCUUUUGGAGCUCGGCCUCUAUUCAAAUAUAGAAUAAGAAUAAUGGAGCUGUGCACUGUUUAUUUUUAUUUUUUGGAUUUUGUAACAAUAAGCAUACAUUUAAAGAAUGAAUGAGGGGCUUGUAGGUUUUGAUGUUAAUAUAUGUCAUGGCAUACCUAAAAUACCAGGGAUUGAGUAAAAUAAGCUAUGUUAAACUGAACAUUAAAAAGUCUAAUUUAUAUAAAUCUCCUGCAAAAUGUCAGAUUCCUAAGGCUAUCUUAAAUCUUUAUAUCAGAUGUCACACAUCCUGUCGGUAGAGCAGUUAUGGUGAGCUGAAAUUAUGAACUGCUACGGUGGAUUUCAGUAGUGGCAUGUUUCAUUGAAAGUAUACCAACUUCAAACCACUCAAUCCAUAUGUUCAGUAUGCUCAGUCAUUUAAAUGUGACUAUUUCCAGAUACACUACUUAAAGAAGCUCCAAUGAGGGCGACACUUCAAGUGUUUUUAGUAAUGGUUUAUAUAAACAUCUUCUGGAACAAACGGAACAUAUGGACAGAGUUGAAGUAGUAGCAGGAGCUCACCUGGUACAACUCACCACCUAUUGAUCCAUUCAAACUUUCAGUAAGGAAGGAAACUACCACCUUUUAACCUCUCAAGCAUUUAUAGGAUGAGCAUUUGAUGCUCAAAUGAAAGAUUUUAGGUGGAGUAACGCAAUGAAUCUUAGAAUCCUAGAAAUAAGUAACCUUUUAUUGUUAUACUGACAACAGUUUUAAAUAUUCAAAGACCUAGGAUAUUUGACAACUAGAUUUAGUUUAAAAUGUGUGUCAAAAGGUUUGUUUACAUGAGAUAACUAUGAAGUUAUUUGAAUGCUUUUUGAAAGAUUUUGUUCAUGCAAUCUAUGCAUUUUAAGUUAUUACAGAUGUUUAAAUCAAGAGAGAGGAGUCUGCCCUUCAUCCGAAACACCUUACUGAUCUUUUCAUUGAGUAGAACCACUGGAUCUGAUGUGCAUAAAAGUGUAAAUGUGUGCCUCUCUAAGUUGCUCAGACCAAGCUAAGUUUUUAGUUGUUAUAGUCGCUCACUGCAUUUCAGUACUGCUGAAUAAUAUUGGGCUCGGCGCUCCUCCUGCUGAGACAGGAGGUGAGGACAGAAACAGGCUGCUGUUUGUUGUAUUGGUCUGUUCCUUUCUUAGACCCACGCAGGAUCUGCAUAUAAGGAAACAUGCACCUAACACGCUUACCUCACGCUAUCCUAACAAUGCUUGUAAUUAAUCAAGUUUACAUUAAGUGUCUUUAUAAAACGCAUCACCUUUUCUCGCAGGAUUUUCGACAACCCACCACUAUUAAAAUACAUUCCAACCAAGUUUUCACCUUCUUCUUUUUCUCUUGUUCUUUACACUGAUAACGGAUAAAAGUGCCACAUAUUUAAUAUGCUGUGUGGUGCUAUUACCAGCCGGCUCACUGCGAAAAUGAAUUUAACACAUGUCUGUAUAAGGAAGUGUUUUUGUAUUUAUUUAUGUCUUGGUGUGGAGAAAGUUUCCCAUUGUUUAUUUUGUUCAGUGUUUGUGUCACUCUUAAGUAUGUGAAUUUCUGUUGUAGUAUUUAUCUUGUUUAGUUUUAGUGUUUAAUAUGGCUUUUUGAGCACAAUUUAUGUUGGUAAACUGUACUGUUCAUUUGCCUGACAGAUACUUCCUUAAUAAAUACAGUUGUAUUCAUUUAC